UCAUGCCUGCAAAGAAUGAGUUUGAGCCACAUGGAGAAUAUGCCUUUAAGCCAUUCAAGUCCUCAAGCUGCACAGAGACCAUCUUGGAAGCAAUGGCUCCUCUACUCAGCAAUAGUUAUCUUGCUAUUGCUUUGCUCCUUCGGUACACUAGUCCUUACUUCUCUCCCACUCAAGACUGCCAAUGAGCCCUGUGUAGCUAAGUUUGGACCAUUACCUUCAAAAUGGCAAAUGGCGUCUCCGGAGCCUCCUUGCGUGAAUAAGGUAGCGGACUGGAAGCUGAGAAUACUUCAGAAUGGCUUGUAUUUAAUUUAUGGCCAAGUGGAUCCCAAUACAACCUACAAGGAAGUAGCUCCUUUUGAGGUGCGGCUAUGUAAAAACGAAGACAUCAUACAAACUCUAACAGACAAUUCUAAAAUCCAAACUAUAGGAGGGACUUAUGAAUUGCAUGCUGGAGAUAUAAUAAACUUGCUAUUCAACUCUGAACAUCAGGUCUUGAAAAAUAGUACAUACUGGGGGAUCUUAUUGCUAGCAAAACCCCAAUUCAUCUCCUAG